AUGGAUGAAACAGAUAAAUGUAAAGAUGAAGAGAGUAAUAUUGCGCCACAUUUAAAAAUUGAUAAUACACCUCAGCAGAAAAUUAAUAUCGAAUAUGGAUUUGUCGUUUUUCCUGCAUUGAACGUUAAGAUUCCUAUUGAUAAAUUAACUGGAACUCUUGCUUUGGUAUGUCAUAAGGUCAUCGAGGGUGAAGGUGCUAAACGUGCUGCAUUGCUUGAAUCAGGAACAUCUGGUUGGCAUGGAGAAACAAAAUUUAUUUCAAAACAUUCAAAUUUAAAGCAGCUUGAUAAUAUUAGACCGGUCCCACCAUCUGGGUGGAUUUGUGAGGAAGAAGGUUGUGGUUUAACUGAAAAUCUGUGGAUUAAUCUUACAGAUGGUGUAAUAAAAUGUGGACGUACACAGUUUAUCCAGGAAGGUGUAAUGACUAAAGGAAAUAAUCAUAUGAGAGCCCAUUAUGAAGCGACGAAUUAUCCUCUUGUUGUUAAGUUGGGAACAAUAACAAAGAAUGAUGCGGAUGUAUUCAGCUAUGAUGAAGAUGAUUCGGUUAUAGAUUUAAAUCUUAAAGCGCAUUUAAGACAUCUGGGUAUUGAUAUGGAUUUGGCUGAAAAAUCUGAAAAGACAACCCUGGAGCUCGAGCUUGAUAUGAAUCAAAAGUGGGAAUGGACGAUAUGUCAGGAAGAUGGUGCGAAUUUGGAGCUUGCUUAUGGCCCAGGAUUUACAGGAAUGAUAAAUAUUGGAUCGUCUUGUUAUAUUAAUGCGACGAUACAAAUGUUGCUGCAAAUACCAGAUUUUGUCUGUCAGUAUGGUGAACAUUGUAUCAAACACUUUUAUCACGUUUCGAAUCUCGCGGACAGUUUUAAUGAUUUUAAUUGUCAAACUGCAAAAGUCAUUUCAAGUUUAAUGAGUGGAAAUUUUUCACAGCAUAAUGGCAAGUUUAAUGGUAUAAAACCCGAGCAGUUUAGGCGUGUAGUAGGUCGCGAUCAUCCUGAAUUUAGUACGAGUCGGCAGCAAGAUGCUGAUGAAUAUUUAAGGUAUUUUCUUUCAAAGGUUGAUCAGAAUGUCAUCGAAAAUGUGAAUCCCGUCAACGCUGUUCGUUUUAAAAUUGAAACUCGUCUUUUGGAUUGUUCUAGUGGUCUAGUACAGUAUAAGCAAAAUGAAGAGCUUGUACUGUCGCUAGUUGUUCCUUUUCGUUCUAAUAAUAUGGAAAUUCAGUUAAACGAAAUUGGUGAGCCUAUUCGACCAACCGUUACAUUCAAUGAAUGUUUAAAAGAAACAUUCUCAGAACAAACGAUUAACGAUUUUCGAUCACCAGUCACUGAAAAAAUUGGAAAUGCCAAAUUGAAGCGAUCUAUCGCUACAUUCCCCAAUUUUCUGAUACUUCAACUGCAAAAAUUUUGUAUAACAGAAAAUUGGACCAUUAAAAAAAUGGAUGUAAAUAUAGAUAUGCCUGAAAUAAUGAAUCUGGAAUGGUUGCGCAGUCAAGGUCCACAACCGGGUGAAUCGCUUCUUCCAGAUAAUGCUGGCCAAAAAGAUAUACCUUUUAUUAAUCCUGAAUUCGUUGAAACUAUAUGUUCAAUGGGAUUUUCAUUAGAAGCUUCACGCAAAGCUAUUUAUAUGACAGAAAAUAGUGGCGCUUCAACAAUCGAUGGAUCUCCCAUGACUGCUCAGUUAAUGGCACUUGACGUUAAAUCAAAUGUUGAAUAUUCUGAUGGCACACCCAAGUAUCACUUAAUAGGAUUCAUAUCUCAUAUGGGCACAUCCCCAAAUAGCGGCCAUUAUGUUUGCCACCUCAAGAAGAAUGGGAAGUGGUAUUUGUUCAAUGAUGAAAAAGUUGCCGUUUCGCAAAAACCACCUAUUCAGCUCGGUUAUAUAUAUUUAUAUAAAAGGAUAGUUGGUGAUCAGUAG